CGUCAUUGUUUGGUUGUUUGUAUGCAUGAAUGAGUCGAGACCCUUUGCCGAGGACCAGAAUUCAUAAUGCGUCCUUUGUAACUCGCUGCUCUCCUUCUCUUCUACAAAGACCUUUCAAAAGGCCUUGUGUCUAAAUUGGCCUUUUGGGGCGUAUCUCAUGGCUCUCUGAUAAAUAGCCCAUCUUUUCUCUCGGUUCCCUCCACCGACCCUCGUUCCCCGCAUUCUCACCAUCCUCGCACUCUACAUGUAAAAAGAUGGAAGAUAACGAAUAUGCUCCAGAAGAUGAAAGAACUAGUGAACUCUCGACCAUCGCCGCCAUUUACCCUGAACUCGUGGUUGACGAUCAAGACCCGUAUACUGCCACCCUCGAUCUCGCCGUGACGCCCGUGCAACCUCUGCGGAUUCUCUUCAAAGCCUCGGCGGACAGUGCGCCACCCAUUCUCCCCACGCCACCUACCUCUCCUGAACAAAGUCAGAAUGACAGCGAUGCGAAGCCUGAGUUGCAACAUCCUGUCCUCCCCCUCGAUGCCCACGACCUGUCUCAUUUGCCCUCGCUGUCGCUCCGAAUCUCGUUACCGGCGGGCUAUCCAGCUACCAAACCCCCAGUGAUCUCGGUGUCUGUCACACCUCAAUGGCUGCCCCGAACCGUCCUGAGGCGGCUCAGGGAUGACUGUGCUAGACUGUGGGAAGAGCUGGGAAAAGACCAGGUUGUCUAUGCAUAUAUAGAUCAUGUCCAGCAAGAGGCGGAACAAGCGUUCGGCCUCGCGGGCGAACCAGACGUUCAAUUGUCUAGCGAUCUCAAAUUGGCAUUGCUCGAUUUCGACCUCAAGACCAAGCGCGAACUCUUUGAGAGAGAGACAUUCGAUUGCGGUGUUUGUCUAGAGCCGAAAAAAGGGAUACACUGCCACCGGCUCAUGUUGUGUGGUCACGUCUUUUGCAUCGCAUGCUUGCAGGAAUUCUACAAAAGUUGCAUAACAGAGGGAGACGUUGAUAAUGUCAGAUGUCUGGAAUCGAGUUGCGGCAAAGAUGAGCCUGUACAGGUGGGCGCGAAUGGCAGACCUCUGAAGAGGCGGAAACAAGAUCGGACACUCAACCCUAGCGAACUGUUGCAAAUCCCGAUUGAGCAAGAACUCGUCCAGCGGUACGUGCGGCUCAAGCGAAAGAAGCGACUCGAAUCAGACAAGAACACUAUCUAUUGUCCCCGACAAUGGUGUCAGGGAGCCGCCAAGUCCAAAAAGCAUCCCAAACCCCUUGAUCCAAUGAACGACAUCGAGGAAACCUCCGACUCAGAGGAAGAAGAACAGCCAGAGUCGGGAUCUGGGAAGAAGAAUAAGAAAGAACUCGACCCAGAAGAUCUCCCCAUGGCCGAGCGCCUAGCUGUGUGCGAAGACUGUGAUUUUGCAUUCUGCAGCGUCUGCCAGAAAGGAUGGCACGGUGAACUUGUGAGAUGCAGUCCUCGACGACAAAAGGAGCUAAACGAGGAGGAAGCAGCAUCUGAGGCGUAUUUGAAGAAGUACUCCACACCUUGUCCAACGUGCAACGCACCCGCACAGAAGACUAUGGGAUGUAACCACAUGAUCUGCUUCAAGUGCAGAAGCCACUUCUGUUACCUGUGUUCGGCGUACCUUAUGCCCGACAAUCCUUACAGGCAUUUCAACGAUCUCAAGAGCAAAUGCUAUAUGCGUCUGUGGGUGAUGGAAGAAGGAGACGGUGAAGGCGUUGAUGUGGACCGGUUGCACAAUCCUGAUCUUGCGGAAUGGGACGAGAUUGAUGAUGCAGACGAGGACUCUGACGACGAGGAGCUACCGCCUGAGAACUUUGCCGCCUUUCGAGGAGAUCAUGGACGGCCCUUUGCGGACGAAGAGGAUACCGAUGACGAGGAGCCGGCACCUGACCAACGACGCAACCGGCAGAUGCACAUCGAGAUCGUAAAUUUUGCGCGACCUGGAGCACAAAAUCCUCAACGGAUAGAGCUCCCCGAACGACCUCGAGCUCAAGCUCCUGCUGAACCACGUGUACCACCCCAACCACCGAACCCGCCUAGAGCCAGACCUCGGCGAAGAGGUGGUGGUCAGCAAGCCAACCGCCAACGUGCUAUGGCGAACGAACCUGCGCGCGCAGGCCCGGAUCGAGGGCAAGCUCGGGGUCGGGUUCGUCUUCCCGUCGCAAUGCCAAUUCAAGAUGCACGGGUAGCUGAAGAGCGCCAGAAUGGGCUCAACCGACAAAAUGGGGGUAUUGUACAUGCUCUGCCGGACCGCGACGGCAAUGAAAACGGUGAUGCUGCGCCACCUCCAGCACAGUUUCCGCUUGCUGCUCCUGGUCAAGGAAACCAUCCCGGCGCUGUGCUCGGCGCGCAAGCAGGCCCUAUCCGUGCGAUGGGUCUAGAAAGAUUUUUACAGCUCGCACAGCAAGACCAGGAGGAUGAGUGGGAUUCGGACGAGUUGGACGAAGAUGAUUUUCAAGCCAUGGAGCAUGAGCAUGAACCAAGGCGUAGAAGACAGGAGAGAGCCAUGGGCUGGCGGUGACACUGCAGACCACAUGAGCCAAGGGCUUCUUGGACUAGACGAUAUGCUUGUAUAUGAGCUUUGAACAUCAAAAUAAAGAGCAAUAUAACCUGUACAU